AUGGUUACAAUUCCACUUGACUGGGCCUUGUACCAGACCUACCUUGCCGGUGAAUUGGUGCAUGAGAUUUUCACAUCUAAAAUUCUUCACCGACCAGUAAAGGAUAUGGACCUUGGACUCUUGGAUAUCGACACUUGUAUUGCUUUGGAGCAGCUAGCCAAUGUGAUGGCCGCUGCUUACUCUAACGCCGACAUGGUUAGAUACAAUGAUGCCCUGGACAAAGAUGAAUCCGGUCGCAGUGAGAAACGAGAAGAGAUUCUUUUCAACAAAUUCCCCCCUGAAGAGGAGCAUUUCUUGACAACACCAUCUGUUGUCAUUGAUUCCGGCGGUAGAAUCAUUGUCUGGUAUUUGCCUGGAGCACUGACCGCUAUGAUGAUGAAAGAUAUUCACGGCACCACACAUUCCAUGAGUGGUUUGUUGAAGCAUAGUAUCACAUCAGGCAAGAUUUCUCAAUGGAGGACCCACCGGUCCAACUUCUAUACAAGUCCAGAUGGGAUGAUCAUAUCUCCUGCAUGGUUUCAGCAAGGAAGAGAGAAACAUGGCUUCCCAAAUCUUGACCCGGAAGAUGGCUUCUCGCCAGAGGUAUCAGCGGCACUGAAAGGUGCUGCUGGUCACGAUAUUACGACAUCCCUUCAAAGGUCCGGUAUCAUUGUCACUGCUGCACUUCAGAGUCAUGCACCCUGA